AUGGCAGCCCAUGGUAUUCCCCGCUACUCGCUCCAAGGCGAGCAGACCGAAGAAGGUCGGCAGAAAGAGCUUCAGAAAAUCGAGAAAUACCGCCAACUUGAUCAGUCGGUCCGCGACAAGAUUGCGGAACAACAAUAUACGCCAGAGACUCUAGAGAAAAUAGCCGAACUACUGACCAGCAACCCGGAGUACUAUACCGUUUGGAACUAUCGGCGCCAGGUGUUGCGCAAUGAAUUUUCACGAGCAGCCUCAGCCGACUCAAACGAAGCAACUGCUGAGCAGAUUGCGACACUAAUCAAGAAUGACCUACUAUUCACGGUCCCCCUCCUACGUAGCUUUCCCAAAUGCUACUGGAUAUGGAACUACCGUACUUGGCUGUUGGAUGAAGCCAAGCGUCUACUUCCAGUACCUGCUGCGCAAAAAUUCUGGCAGGAGGAACUGGGGCUGGUAGGGAAGAUGCUUACCCUCGACAGCAGAAACUUCCACGGUUGGGGUUACAGACGCUUUGUCGUAGAGACGCUGCGAGAGCUCAAAUCGGAGGAGCAGGAAGGGCAACAGAUGACGCAGACAGAGUACGAAUAUGCAAAGAAGAUGAUUGGGGCUAACCUCUCGAACUUCUCGGCCUGGCAUUAUCGUACGAAACUCAUCCAGCGCAUGUUGAAUGAGAAAUCCGCUAGCGACGCGGAGCGAAAAGCGAUGCUUGACAAUGAAUUGGACUUGAUCCAUCGUGCCUUGUGUGACCCGUAUGACCAGUCAUUAUGGUUCUAUCAUCAGAACCUAAUGAGCGUCUUUGAUCCAUCUGUGGCGGAUCAGACGCUGGCACCGCACUUGAGUGAUGCCGAACGCCUAGACUAUCUCCGACAGGAAAUCGACGAGAUUCAAGAUAUGUUGGAUGGGGCUGAGGAUUGCAAGUAUAUUUACCAAGCAUUGAUUGAUUGUACGAUGUUGAUGUGGAAGGUGGAGGGAAGUGCGCCCAGUGGAGAGAGGAAAAAGAAGGUGCAGGAUUGGCUGUCGGAAUUGAAGGAGCUGGACCCGCUGCGACUCCAACGGUGGCUGGAUUUUGAACACUCCCUCAGCCGCUGA